AACUGCAGGUCCAACCGCCAGGGAGGAAGUUACGCUUAGUUCGGUGGCUACUAGCCCGCUAACUUGCCAGAAAAAAGUAAACAAGUCUGUUGGAUGAUAUGAGGUUAAAUCGCUGUAAAAAUUAGCUUUCUUAAUUAUGAAGGAAGACAAAGAAAAUAGUCGGCCGAAGGAGAAAAAGGUGGAGAUAAAGUGUGAGGAUGGAGAGAAGACAGAAAAGUGCAAGGAAAAGAAAGAGGCCAUGACAAAGAUUGUGAUCAGGCGAUUGCCACCAAGUCUGACCAAGGAGGAGUUAGAGGAGCAGUUGCAGCCUCUACCAGAAGUGGAUUACUUGGAGUUUUUUUCUAACGACACCAGCCUUUACCCACACCUCUUUGCAAGGGCUUACAUCAAUUUUAAAAAUCAAGAGGAUAUAGUCCUCUUCAGAGACCGAUUUGAUGGAUAUGUAUUCAUAGAUAACAGAGGUCAGGAAUAUCCAGCCAUCGUGGAGUUUGCGCCUUUUCAAAAGACUGCCAAAAAAAGAAGUAAGAAGAAGGAUUCAAAGUGUGGAACAAUUUCUGAAGAUCCAGAUUACAAAAAGUUCCUUGAAUAUUACAAUGGAGAUGAAGAUAAGUUGACAUCCACACCUGAGACCCUUUUAGAAGAGAUCGAAGCAAGAUCAAAGGAGCUUGUAGCUAAAAAAACGACUCCACUGUUGGACUUCCUGAAGAAUAAACAGAGACUUAGAGAGGAGAAGAAGGAGGAGAGAAGAAGGAGGGAGCUUGAACGUAAGCGCCUACGUGAUGAGGAGCGUCGUAAGUGGAGGGAGGAGGAGAGGAGGAAACGUAAAGAAGCAGAGAAAAUGAUGAGGCUUGAGAAACCGCUGGAGAAAGACAAAGACCAAGUUAAAGACGAACCCAAAAUUAAGGUUUGUGCUGCAGAAAAAUAUACCUGUUUGCAAUUGUUUGUAAUUUCCACCAUCUUAUUUUUCAUCGUAUUUUAUUUCCAGCUCCUGAAGAAGCCAGACAGAUGUAAUGAACCUGAUUCUGACAAGCCCAAGGAUAAACCCAAAAAACCAGAGAAGCUAAAUAAAGAGGAGAGAUCUUUGGAAAGUAGUGAGCACAAGAGGCGUCACAUUGAAAAUAAAGAGGAUCGAGGAAGAAAAGGGGAUGGAGACGGGCGAAAGGAAUUCAGGGAGCGUGAUGUAGACCGAGACAGAGAAUGGGAGAAGGAGCGGCGGCAGAAAGAGAAAGAGCGCAUUAGACGGCAGGAUGAAGAAAGACGGAGAAAGAAGGAUCAUCUGGAUGGAGAAAACUUGUACAGAAAGCGAGAAGAGCAAUUUAAAAAAAGAAAGGCCAUAGAGAAGAAGAGGAGUGAGAUUAUGGCAGACUCGCCCCAAUCUGAGAAGCUGGAAAAAACCACCAAAGAGGGCAAAAAGGAGGAGAAAAGAGAGCGAUUACGGAAUAAGGACCGACCAGCUAUUCAGCUGUACCAGCCAGGGGCCAGGAGCCGCAACCGGGUCGCAGGAGGAGGAGCUGAAUCCAACUCUGCUGACAGGAAGCCAGAAACUGAGAACAAGAAGGUGGCUGAGAAAGGAGACGACUGAGCUGAUUUCUAGUUUUGAAAUUUUAAGUUUGGUGAGAAGACAGCAGACAGGCCUGUAAGGCUCACAGCAGCAAUCUGGCACCGCAGUCGAGGCAGAGCUGCACCCGGCUUUCCCAGUCUCAGAGGAAGAGGUGUGAUUGUGGAGCCUGUCAGUGCCUGAAUGUGUGUUUUAUUUGUUAGGAGAGGUGACAGUAACCUUUGGUAUGAGUUUGGCUGUAGGAGACAUUAGGUAAAGCCAAAGCUUUCUGGGACCACGUGAUCUGAAAGUGACUUACUUCAGUAUUGUUUCUCUGAUGGAAAAAAUGUACAUGGCAAACAUUAGUUUUCAGCUUGUUCAGGUAAAUCGCUCUCUCAGCUCUGAAUGAUCUUGUAAAGGUUUAACUCCCUCAUAACUUGAUAAAUUAACAUUGUCAAGCUCUACAAUAUAGAUUAUACAUUGACAACAUCAUUUCUGUUUUGUUUUCAGUUUGAAGUGUAUUCAUGUAAAUUGCAUGCUACUCUAUGUGGGGAGAGGUUUAAGUUGUGCAGUAACAUUUUCAUGAUCUGUCGGUCUAAGAAGCCGUGGAAAGCAUACCAACUGCA